AUGUAUUUUGCUGCCAUGGCAACCAUGGGUCCUCUACUCACAUUUUUUCUCCUGCUGCUUCAUCUGGCUGAUGGCUCAUUCCCAGAGGAGCCCAGUCCACUCAGCUACGUCCCUCUGGAGGUGGUAAGGAGGUACCCAGUCUUCCUGGGUAGAGCUCACCGUUCAGCACAAAGACAGGAGCUGCACAUCCAGACGGUUCUCCAAGUCAACCGCACACUCUACAUAGGAGCCAGAGAUGAUUUAUACCGAGUGGAACUGGACAACAUGGCAGGUGAUGAGAUGUUCUACAGCAAGAAAAGGACAUGGGAUUCAAACAAAAACGACAUUCGAGUCUGCCGAAUGAAGGGCAAACAUGAGGGUGAAUGCCGUAAUUUCGUCAAGGUUCUGCUCCAGCACCAUGGAGGCCUCUUUGUAUGCGGAACAAACGCCUUCAAUCCGCUGUGUGCAAACUACACCAGAGAUACUCUAGAAAUGGUGGGAGAGCCUGUGAGCGGGAUGGCACGUUGCCCGUAUGAUCCACGGCAUGCCAAUGUGGCUUUAUUUGCAGAUGGAAGUCUUUUCACUGGCACCGUGACAGACUUCCUCGCCAUCGAUGCCGUGAUCUAUCGCAGCCUCGGCGACAGCCCCGCUCUCCGCACGGUCAAACACGACUCCAAAUGGUUCCGAGAGCCCUACUUUGUGAGCGCCAUGGAGUGGGGGUCUCAUAUUUAUUUCUUCUUCAGAGAAAUGGCCAUGGAGUUUCACCAUCUAGAAAAGGUAAUGGUGUCCCGUGUGGCUCGUGUGUGUAAAUCUGACCUCGGCGGCUCACAGCGCGUCCUUGAGAAACAGUGGACCACCUUCUUGAAAGCUCGGCUCAAUUGUUCCGUCCCGGGAGACUCGCACUUCUACUUUAACCUCCUCCACGCCACAAGCGGUAUCAUCCGUAUGCAGGGGCGUGAUGUCAUCUUGGGCCUUUUUUCCACGCCACCAAACAGCAUUCCCGGUUCUGCCGUGUGCGUGUUUGACAUGCAGCAGCUCGCUCAAGCCUUUGAGGGACGCUUCAAGGAACAGAAGUCCCCAGAGUCCAUUUGGACUCCGGUAGCAGAAGAGGCAGUGCCUAAACCCAGACCUGGAGGGUGCGCUGUCCAAGGGUCCCGAUUUAGUUCCUCGACUACGCUACCGGACGAAGUGUUAAACUUUGUGAAAACGCACCCUUUGAUGGAUGAAACAGUACCAUUGCUGGGCCACAGACCCUGGGUGGUCAAGACUAUGGGACGGUACCAGCUGACAGCUAUGGUGGUGGACACAGAAGCGGGGCCCUAUAGGAACCGCACAGUUUUGUUCCUUGGCUCAACCCGAGGGACAAUUCUCAAGUUUCUAAUGAUUCCCAGUGGGGAUUCAAUGUCACAUAGUAGCGUGUUCUUGGAGGAGGUAGAGGGUUUCAACCCUGAGAGAUGUGGCGAAGACUCGCCUCAGGCCCGCCAGCUCUUGUCAUUGACAUUGGACCGCACCAGCCACACCCUGCUGUUGGCUUUCCCAUCCUGCCUCGUCCGUGUGCCAACAUCUCGUUGCCACUUGUACUCCCGCUGCAUGAAGAGUUGCCUAGCCUCCAGGGACCCGUACUGUGGCUGGACUAGAGGCAGCACCUGCUCCUUCCUUCGACCAGGAACCAGGCUCCCAUUUAAACAAGAUGUAGAGUAUGGAAACACCACCUCCCAUUUAGGAGACUGUGAUGGUAUCCUCCAGCAGAGUCUUCUCAUUGAACCAGAGAGUCUGGUCUCCCUCAAUCUCCUCGUGGCUUCGGCGGUGUCCGCCUUCACCAUCGGGGCGGCGCUCUCGGGCCUCGCCGUCUGUUGGAUCAUGGCCCACAAGCCCAGCAACCGUCGCCAUGGCAACACCACUCAGUCGUCUAUCCAGCGGCGUGAAAGAGGCCUAUUAAGUAAUGCGGGCGGAAUGGGAGGCUCUGUACUCAGCGUGACGCGGCAGGGAGGCGGAGAGCGCACCUGCACUCAAGGCGGGGAGACCCUCUUUGUGAUGCCCAACGGCUGGGUCAAGUCUGGGGAGCUCGACCCCGGUUUUCUUCCCACCCCUGAGCACACGCCCCAGCAAAAACGAAGAGGCCUGCGGCUCUCUGAUUCCAACUCCGGAGGAUGGGACACCAGCCAGACCUACUUGGGGGGAGGCUCUGUAGGUCUCGGCUCCCCCUGCCGAAUGCCCCCCUCGGUUUACCUGACCACACGACUGUUCCAGCAGGGGGCAGGCGGCCGGCACGGCGGUGAGGGAAGGGGGAGUGACACCCCCCGACAGCACUACGUCUGCUUGAGCAGGCAAGAAAAAGGAGGGAAAGGGACACCCAAAGCCCCCUUAAGGAAGUCGGCGGGUGAAUACGUGUACCCCAUGACGCCCCAGGAUUCGCCUGAGCGUCGAAGGGUGGUCUCGGCGCCCAGCGCGCCAGCUGAAUGCAGCGAACCACUUCCUUUGCGGUGGCCGGCCCCAGAAGGCUACAUCCUCAGCAGCCACGCCAUGGUGCCCGUCCCCUUGCCCCCUCCUUCCAUGCCUGCCCCCAUCGGUCAAACAUACAUGUCCCAACAGCACACCCCCGCGCUCACAAGGGCCCUGCUGAGAGGGGCUUUGGAGCGAGGAGAGCUGGGGGAGUUGGUGGACCUCAGCCAGCUGAUGAGUAAGAAGAACUGCAAUGACAGGACUCAGGCUGGCCAGUGA